UUCUUCUUCCUCUUCUUUUCUUUCCAUUCUCAUUCUCUCUGGAAAACCCUCUCUCUCUCUCUCUCUAAGCUCACAUUCAUUCUUUGCUUCUUCCUUUAAUAUCACGAGAUCCCCAUCUCUUUCUCUCUUUCUUUCCUUUCUUUUCCUUCUCCCUCUCUCUCUAUUAGAUGUCUUCUUCCAAGUUUUUCCUUUCUUCUCCGAGCUCUUUCUUUUCUACGUUCACUUCAAGCUCUUCCUUUUACUCACAUUACCAAUAAAAAACUCAAAUAACCAAAUACGAAAGAGAGAGAGGGAGGGGGGACGAAAUUGGAGUAAACCCAUUUUUACUGAGAAGGAAAAGGAAGAGAAAUGUCGCAUCUUGGAAAGCCAGUAACGGAGUUAGGGCGUUUAGAUAAACUCGCCGAUCAACUCCGUGACUCACUGAGUUACGAUGUUAACAAGCCCGAUUUCCGUGAACUCGAUCUGGGCUCACCCGUUUCGCCGCUCCGAACUCGGCAACCCGGAAUCACGAUGACCACGACCACGACUACCACGAGUUCGAGUUCCAGCUCAUCCGGAUCCGUUUCGGGUAAAAAUGGAUCCAACACGCUUGCUAGAAGAUCCGAAUCGGGCCCGAAUAAUCACUCCGGGGAACUCUCUGUGUCAAGCGAAACAAGCCCUACAGCUUCGACCCGGAAUAUAAAAUUGGGUCAGACAAGAUCCGAAUCUAACACUACCACGACCUCAUUGAUCUAUUCGGGUCAAAGCUCCGUCAACUCGCCACCACUCAACGUUCUUCCGACGGGAAACAUAUGCCCUUCAGGAAAAAUCUUAAAAACCGGCAUGGCAGUAAACCGGAGCUCCAGGUCCGACGUUCUAGGAUCCGGGUCGGGUAAUUAUGGCCACGGAAGCAUAAUGCGGGGCGGUGGAGUGGGAGCCGGACCCGUUACCGCCUCCAAAGGCAGUGUUUUUGAACCCUGUAACACCGUGGGAAGCCGGGGAAAUGGAAGUGAUUUAACGAGGAAAGCAAUGGGAAGUUUGGACCCUGAGGAAGUUAAGAGAGUUGGGAAUGAGAUGUAUAAAAAGGGACAUUUUUUAGAGGCUUUGAGUUUGUAUGAUAAGGCUAUAGCUUUGUCUCCGGGGAAUGCGGCUUACCGGAGUAAUAGGGCGGCAGCAUUGACGGCUUUAGGAAGAGUAGGAGAGGCGGUGAAGGAGUGCGAGGAAGCGGUUAGAUUGGAUCCUAAUUAUGGGAGGGCCCAUCAGAGAUUGGCUUCGUUAAUGUUAAGGGUAGGGCAGGUUGAGAAUGCAAGGAAGCACCUAUGUUUUCUUGGGCAACCACAAGAUCCAACCGAGUUGCAGAAGUUGCAGGCAGUAGAAAAGCAUAUUAGCAAGUGUACUGAUGCCCGGAGAAUUAGAGACUGGAAAAGUGCAUUAAGGGAAAGUGAUGCUGCAAUUGCCACUGGCGCGGACUUCUCUCCACAGCUUUUUAUGUGUAGAGUAGAAGCCCUCUUGAAACUCCAUCAACUUGAUGAUGCUGAAUCAAGCCUUUCUUUUGUUCCUAAGUUAGAACCAUGCACCAACUCCUGCUCACAGACUAAAUUUUUUGGGAUGCUUUCUGAAGCGUAUCUCUUCUUUGUCCGAGCACAAAUUGAGAUGGCACUUGGGAGGUUUGAGAAUGCAGUUACAGCUGCUGAGAGGGCUGGACAGAUUGAUCCCAGAAAUGUUGAAGUUGCUGUACUGCUUAACAAUGUGAGGUUGGUUGCAAGAGCGCGAGCUCGUGGGAAUGAUCUUUUCAAGUCUGAAAGAUUCACUGAGGCCUGCUCAGCAUAUGGGGAUGGUCUCAGGCUUGAUCCAUCAAUCUCUGUUCUUUAUUGUAAUAGAGCAGCUUGUUGGUUUAAGCUUGGGCGAUGGGAGCGUUCUGUUGAAGAUUGUGACCAAGCUUUAAGUAUCCAGCCAAACUACAUAAAAGCCCUUCUCCGAAGGGCAGCAUCUAAUAGCAAGCUCGAACGAUGGGCUGAGGCUGUGCGAGAUUAUGAAGUUUUGAGAAGGGAACUUCCAGAUGAUAAUGAAGUUGCUGAAUCUCUAUUUCAUGCACAAGUUGCAUUGAAGAAAUCUCGUGGUGAAGAAGUUUAUAAUAUGAAGUUUGGUGGUGAAGUAGAGGAAGUAUCAGGUCUUGAGCAGUUCAGAGCUGCAAUUUCUCUUCCAGGCAUCUCUGUAGUACAUUUUAAGAUGGCUUCCAACAUGCAAUGCAAGCAGAUAUCUCCAUUAGUGGAUGCACUAUGUGGCCGCUAUCCCUCCAUAAAUUUUCUCAAGGUGGACAUUGAUGAGAGUCCAGCAGUUGCAAAUGCUGAGAAUGUGAGGAUUGUACCAACAUUCAAGAUAUACAAAAAUGGUAGCCGGGUGAAGGAAAUUGUGUGCCCAAGUCGAGAAAUGCUGGAACACUCGGUGAGGCAUUACAGCUUUUAGAACUCAUGACUGUACUGUACUCCUGCUCUGCCCUUUUUUGUCUUUACAUCUUGCUUCCCAAGUGUCCUUUUUGUUGGGAACUCUUCCACUACCCACCCAAUCUUUCCUCCCACCACAUAAGGAUUACCAGAUACCUGUGACAUAAACCAGAGCUACAUAAUAAUCCCAUUAGCAGCCAAUGCCAGAGGAACCCAGAGAAAUUAGCUUUAGUUCCCUUUUGCAGUUUUUAUUUAUUCAUUCAUUCCUCAUUGCUCUAGGGUUCCCUGUUCUUCCUCCCUUAACCUUACCUUUUUUGUUAAUUUUUUCCCCUUUUCCAUUUUCAAGUAGGCCAGCCUGGUUCUUGUAUCACUACUCUUGUUCAGUGGGACAAAAAAUUGAGAAAUAUGUGUACAAUUUAAUUAAAGUGGAUACUUAGUUACAUUUUAGGGUUACAGUGAGAGGACUGGCAGGCGGGCUGGUAGUAGAGGAUCUCUGUACAUGUAUAUAUGUGAUGAUAUAUACAAAACAUUGGAAGCCAUGAGGGAGAUUGGAUGUCUGGUGGGUACUUAGUUACUGGGUUAGUGAAAGAAGGAUGAAUAUGUUGUCAUUAAUAUUGUUGUUUCUUUCUUUUUUCUCAACCAUUCCAUCAAUAAAAAAAUUCCCAUUUUUUCUCUC